UAGGAGACAGGGCUUCCUCAAAACAGACAAGAGUCCCGCUGAAGCGUCUCAGAAUCCGGUCAACAUGUCGGACCCAGAAAUUAAUGACUUGCGAAGCACCUUUCCCUCUUACAUGGCGGAGGGCGAGCGAUUCUAUCUACGCGGGGAGUACUCUAAAGCAGCCCAAAGCUUCAGCAACGCUCUUCACCUUCAGAAUGGAGAUAAGAACUGCUUGGUUGCCCGUUCCAAGUGCUUCCUGAAGUUGGGAGAGUUGGAGAAAUCCCUGAAAGAUGCUGAAGCCUCGCUCCAGGGUGACCCGACCUUCUGCAAGGGGAUUUUGCAAAAGGCUGAGACCCUGUACACCAUGGGAGACUUUGAGUUUGCCUUGGUGUUCUAUCAUCGAGGCUACAAGCUGCGGCCUGAUCGGGAAUUCAGAGUUGGAAUUCAGAAAGCCCAGGAAGCGAUCAACAACUCAGUGGGAAGUCCUUCUUCAAUUAAGCUGGAAAACAAAGGGGACCUUUCCUUCUUAAGCAAGCAGGCUGAGAGUAUGAAAACCCAGCAGAAGCCUCAUCUUGUGAGAAACUUCUUACACCACCCCAAAAGAGAGUCCAAGCAGAGGUAUUCGUUCAAGAGUGAGAAGACUCUCCGCCAGCUCCUGGGUGAGCUCUACGUGGACAAGGAAUAUCUGGAGAAGCUCCUGUUGGACAAAGACCUGAUCAAAGGCACCAUCAAGCGUGGCCUGACUGUGGAGGACCUCAUCAUGACAGGCAUCCACUACCUGGACACCCGCAGUGACUUCUGGAGGCAGCAGAAGCCCAUCUACGCCCGGGAGCGGGACCGGAAGCUGAUGCGCGAUAAAUGUUUGCGGGACCGCAAACGCCAUCCCUCGCAGACAGCCCGUUACAUCCUCAAGAGCCUGGAGGACAUCGACAUCUUGCUGACCAGCGGCAGUGCUGAAGGCAGCCUUCAGAAAGCUGAGAAAGUGCUGAAGAAGGUGCUGGAAUGGAACAAAGAAGAAGUGCCCAACAAGGAUGAACUGGUUGGAAACUUGUACAGCUGCAUAGGGAAUGCCCAGAUGGAGCUGGGGCAGACGGUAGCAGCACUGCAGAGCCACAGAAAGGACCUGGAGAUGGCCAAGGAACAUGACCUUCCUGAUGCCAAGUCAAGAGCCCUUGACAACAUUGGAAGGGUUUUUGCUAGAGUUGGGAAGUUCCAGCAAGCCAUUGACACGUGGGAAGAGAAGAUACCUCUGGCAAAAACCACCCUGGAGAAGACCUGGCUCUUCCAUGAGAUCGGCCGCUGCUACUUGGAGUUGGACCAGGCCUGGCAGGCCCAAAACUAUGGUGAGAAGUCCCAGCAGUGUGCCAAGGACGAAGGGGACAUUGAGUGGCAGCUGAAUGCCAGUGUUCUGGUGGCACAGGCACAAGUGAAGCUGAGAGACUUCCAGUCAGCUGUGAACAAUUUUGAGAAGGCCCUGGAGAAAGCGAAGCUCCUGCAUAACAACCAGGCCCAGCAAGCCAUCAUCAGCGCCUUGGAUGAUGCCAACAGGAGUAUCAUUGAAGAGCUGAGGAAAACGAACUACAGGGAGAUGCUCAGAGAAAAGAAAGAGAGAGAAGAGGCUGCUGAACUGAAUACUACAACCGUGAUGGCAAAGGAGAAGGAAACAAGAAGAGUCAGAGACAAGCCCGAGAAGGUGGUGAAGCAGUGGGAAAGAGAGCAAAAUGAGAGUGAGAAAGAGACAGAAGAUGAGCUUUCCAAGGAAUCUCUGGGCAUCAGAACAAGCAGACAAGAAAAAUGGCAGAGAGGAAUAGAAAACCCCAGCCCCUUAGUGAGACCACAACUGGGCACAGAAGAGGUUGCCAAGAAACUGUACGGAGAAGUAGGCAUGAGAUCAGGAGAGGAAGGCAGCAGACCAUCAGAAGUGAGCAGACAGGAAUCAAGGGAAAUUUACAGGAGGGCUUCAGAACUGAACCAGAAAGUCUCAGAAGAAUUCAGUAGAAAGGAAUCAGAGGGACUAGAAAAGAGACUUUCAGAAACCAGCAGAAGAGAAUUGGAAGAACUGGAGAAAACAGAAUGGGGAGAAGUAGGAGAAACAGAAACAACAGAAAAUGCUGGAACAGUGGAAAAAAAUGAAAAGGAGGACACUUGAAGCCAAUGUCACUGGGCAUUAGGAUCAGGGGGCUCGUGUUCACAAGGGACUACAGGGAUCUUAUGGAACUGGUCUUCCAUGUGUCUUUAAUAGGAAAACUGUGGACUGGGCCUCAUAGGUCACCUCUGCCUCUUUCUGUUAGUUUCCCUUUAAAUACACGUCUUUCACUCUUACAAACGCUGAGUCUGUCAUUUUGCCUCCUCCACCCCACCCAUUCUCAGGAGAGCCUUAGAGAAUGAAUGACCUGGUAUGGGGUACUACUUUCCAAGGGGAACUCUGGCCUUCCCCCAAGGAGGUGAGGAACACCAAGAUUCCCAAACAAGGCCUAAUCCAGAGUGUGAUCCAGGUGUGAAAUGUGGUCCUCUCCCCCAAUCCCUGUCCGAAGACCUCAUGGAAGAAAGGGUUUCAGGUGGGUGAAGAAACAGGUGAGCCCCAAGGAACCAGGAAAGAUUAAAGCAGGGAGGAAAGAAAGACCUGGGAAUAGAAGUAUGUCUGUCCAGCUACUGGCCCGUUUCUUCUUGCUGAGUACCUGCUGUGUGCAAGGCACUGUGAGAGGCUUUACGGAAGAAAUAAUGAUGGGGCAGCUUCAGCCGUCAGUCAGGGAGCUCUAUUUGUAAACCCCUCAGCCGGGAAAACAAUUCAAUAAUGCUGGCACUGACAGGGGCAUUGUGCUCUGGGAGCCCAGAGGAAGAGAGGAGAUGUCUGUCCAAAACGAGUGAGCAGACCCAGAGUAGGAGGAGCCGCUGGGCUCCACCUGUGCCGCCUCCAGAGGUACAGUCAGGUAAAUCAGACUCCCCAACUCCCCAAGCUUGUUUCCUCCUCUGCAGAAUGGGUACCGUGCCUCGGGGGUUGAUGGGAAGAUUAUGAGUGUUUAGCACAGCACCUGUAACACAGGAAGUCCUCGAAAAUCCAACCGAGGUUUCAUCACUUCACAGAAGAGGUGGUGGCUGAGCAGCUGCCCAGAGGAUGUCAGGAGUCCACAUAAUUCAUCUGCCCCUUUGGCCACUGCUAUCUUGGUUCCGUCUCUACAACUGCUGGAAGGCUGAGGUUAGGCUGGGAUCUGGACGGACUAGGGUGAGGCGAGUGAGGCAUUUCAGAUGCAACAUUUCAUAAGGCUCCAACAAACUCACUCAGCAGGAUAAUCAGUAUUUUAAUGCAUUACUGUACAAAAUAAAAAUGCAAAAACCCAUGAUGAACAAAACAUCAAAAUGUGCAACAGAGACAGGAUCUGGCCUUGCACUUGCACGACCCCACCUCCCUCGCCUUAUUCUAAUUCUGGAACGGGUAAGGGUGACUGCUUCCCUCUUUACAGAGUUCGUCUUUAACUCGUGC